UCCCCCCUGCAUCCCCCCCAUUCCCGCUCCCGCGCCUCCCAUCCCGGAGCGGCCCCGGGGGUGAGUGCUGGGGGAGCGGGGGCCGCGGGGGAGGCUCCGCGCUCCCCCCCUGCCCCCGCCCCGGGGGAGCGGAGGGUCCCGGCCCGCGCUCGCCCUCGCUCCGCCCGUGCGGAAGGUCCGCGGGGCAGCGGGGAUGUCCCCGCCGCUCCGCCGGGAUGUGAGCAACGGGGCUCCCGCCCUGCUGCCCCUCCCGGGCACCGCUGCCCGUUCCCACGGGAUCUCCCACAGGCGUACACGGACACCCCGGCAGCGCCGCUCCCUGCCGGGGCCAGGAGACCCCCGAGACCCCCGAGCCCGCAUCCCCGGGCGCCUGGGGCGGCUCGGAGAGGGGGCAGCGCCUUAACUUUUGCAAGGGACCAUUUGGAGGUGGGGAGGGAGGACCCAGCUCAGCAGAAUUGGCGGCUUCCCCGGAGUCUCCCCGGAGGGAGGUGGCGGAGGGUCCCUGUCCCCCUCCCGGAGCCGCCGGGUGACGCCAAGCGCGGCCCUUCCCGCGGGGCUCGGGGGGGCGGCUUCGGGCAGGGCUCAGCGCUCAAAUGGACUUUUCUAACACUCCCUCCACCAGCAUAAUUAAAUAAAUAAAGUAUCGGGGGCGGGGGUGGGGGUGGAAGGGCUAGAAGUCUCUGCUUGCUCUUCUUUCACUGCCCAGAACCGCGAGUGCAAACGACGGGAUGCUGUCUCUGAAAAGGGUUUUCUGGUUUUUAUGUGUCAUGAUGCACACGGCUGGUGGUAGCUAGUGUAGUAACUAUCUGUAUCCCAAUAGUUCCCUGUCGAAGGGGUUGUUAUGGCAGCAGCGGUCCCCGAUUCUUUUCUCUUUUUUUUAUCUCUGGCACAGGGUAAUGUUAAAGACCUGGAAACUGCCUCAAUUAAAAAGAAAAAGAAAAAGAAAGAAAGGAUAAAAAAGAUUAAUAAAGCAGCCUCGUGCUUCUUUGCCAAAUAGACAACAAGUACAUAUAUAAGAUUCACACUCAAUCUUCACUCCCUUCUCCAGAAGCUGGUGCUGUGAUAACGCUAAUGACUGGAGGAGGUUGGGGGAAAAUGUCUUUCCCCCCCUACACACACCUAAUUCCUGCUUUUUUUGCUAAAUUUUGUUGGAAUUUUAGCUUGAUUGUGGCUUGUGCUUUUUCAUGUCUUUCACUGAUACUUUUUCAUAGUGUUUUUUCUUAGUUGCAGAGAAUUUCUUUAGUCCUGCUUUACACUGGGUAAAGGGAUUCAAGUGUUCUUUCAUAAAGGUAAAGCACAUUAUUUGCAAAAUCUUGUAAUUCAGUAGAUUUUGCUUUUCUGUACCAGUCACAGGAUGAUAGUUUUCUCCUUGUAAUGCAGAGAGGAAUCUCUAUGAGACUCAUCUAAAUGGUUUCAGCACAUGAUACCUGCCACAGCUGGUGGCAGUCUGAAACAGUAAGAUUUAAAGGUUAUUAUGGAAGUAAGUUUCUCUAUCGCCUUUAAUGGUCAGCCUAUUCUCAGUCAAAACACAUGUAGUUCUAAGGGAAACACUGAUUCUGAUUUUAGUUUCGUCAGGUUUUUUUGGACAUGGUGUUUAAAACCUGAAACCAUUGAGGAGGAUGGAUGUUAAAACUCAGAACAUUGGUAGUGGGCUGUACUACUUUGACAUUUUUACUCUGCACUUUUGUAGAUACCAUUUGUUGUCUUCGACCAGAGUUUGCUUGGGUAGAGAUUGGGCAGUAAAUGAUAGGGACAGAGGAUUUUUGUCCUGGUAGCUCCUGCGUUUUUAUAUCCAUCAGAAUAUUUGAAGAGUCAUAUUGAUAUUGCAGAAUGAAAUGUUAUUGAAUUGUGAUAUCUUGUUUCCAAUUACACAUUUUGAAAUGUUUAUCUUAUCAGUAGGAAAGCAACACAAACGUAUAAAUGUUUAUUUUGGAAUGAAAAAAAUGCUGUCCCAGGGUGAUUCAUGCAUAGAAACUGUCUAGAUUCAGUAUAAAUAAGUGAACUAAAAUAAUGUAGUGUAAGUGAUCCAUAACUAAUUUUCACUGCUAAUCAUGAAAACAGGCACUUUUAUCUUUGAGAUGGAAUGUAGAGAUGCUGGAAGAGAGAUGAAGAACAGCAAAAUACAUAUAUUUAAUGACAGACGGAACUCUUGAGUAAACAUCAAGUAUUUCUGAGGAAAUGCAAGCCCAUUUCAUAGUAUAACUAUCGUCAUGAUUCUGAUCCCAGCUAAAUCAGUAUGAGAUUCUCCCCAGGCACUGCUGUGAGCAGAAUCAAAGACAACCCUGCUAUCCAUUUUUGAGGAAUGGGGACAUGAAAAAAUCAUUUGUAUUUUCCCCCAUUAUCCUAGCUGGAAGGGUUUAUUUUUUGUCUCAUAUGGAAUAUUCCACACUUUACCCUCCUAAGCAGUAGUCAGGCCUACAGUUCUUACCUGCCCAGACAGCUCAGCUGAGAUAAUUCUUGUGAGAAAGAAUCAUACAUGUUUUGCUAGGGGCAGCUUUAUUGUGACCAAAUAAUAGUCAUGUUUACUGGAAAAAUGUUUGACUUUGAAUUAUAUUUUCAUAUCUGAUACCACUAAAAUUUCAUAUUAAGAAGUGGGAAUAACACAUUUCUUAAAAUGGCAUUAUUUGCUUUAAGGUUCUGACACGAAAGGACUAGAUUAAUUUAAUCAAGAUGGAGGGUAGAUGUUUCUAUCUUUAGUGAUUAAAAAUAUCCUUAGUGAUUUAAAAAUAACCUUAAGUCGUAAUGAAGAAAAGACAAAUUUGGACACUCUGAAAAGGGUUACAAAUAAAGCUAUUUGGUGCAAAUGAACCAACAGAUUGCACUUAUUUAACGCUAGACAGUAGUAAAAUGGGACAAAAAAGAAAGCUGGCAAAAACAAGACAUCAUGGGAAAAGCACAGUAACAAAUCCUGAAAGAGUUGCAAAAAUUGCCCAAGAGACUCCAAUGUUGACUGUUUGACUCCCUUAUGGGACUCAAAUGGAAAAAGCCCCAUUGACUUCAGUAAACAUUAAUAGCAUGAGUGUAUGCUAAGAAAAGAGAUGUGUAAUUCAACUAAGUACCACAAGAAUUCAGAGUGAUAGUUACUGAAAUCAGAUUAGAAAUGUAUGAGCUUUUUUCAGUUCAAAGGAAGUCCUGACUUCUCUGAAAAUGAAUUGGAGGCUUGCUAUCUAUUUCUCAGGGCCAAAAUGUCAGCCUGAGAAUAAUGUUUCAAGUGACUUUUAAAAAACGUGGCACAUGAUAGUUAAUCUGCUUUUAAUUUGUGUGAUAUUCUAUUAAAAUGAUGUUACCUUUGCCAAGCUCAAGUUAUUAAUUAGUUAUUGGUAACCAUUUCCCCUUUCUUUUUACAUUUUUUUAAAUGUCAAUAUUUCAGAAAUAGCAAGAAAUACAAAACAGUCCUCCUGCAAGACUGCACUUAUAAGCUGAAUAAUUCAAAGUCUGUACUGUCACAGUGCAAUCAAAUUCUUAAUAUGAUGCUGUCAAAGCUAUAAAAAAGGAAAAUCAAAUGUGACAUCAUAGAAGACAACAUAUAUAGCUGACAUGACAUCCAAAUGUUUUAAUUUCCCCACAUUAUAUUUAGUGGUUAAUGAAGAUAGACUUUUCUUUCUUCCCUCUGAGGAAACUCCUAAUACAAGAUAUUAAAUUUUCAUUUAAAAAACUACUUUAUUUUCAUAAAAACAUAUGCAAGUUUUGUGAAGAUAAGUCCUGAGCAUAAAGGAGAUGCAAUCGUUUAAGAGAUAAUGUAAAGCCUUCACUGGGAAACAGAACUGAGAUAAUUUGUGGAUGAUGAGGAAAAAAAUAUUGUCAGACAAAUUUUCUAUAAUAUGGUAGUUAUAAUCUCAAUAAAGGACAUUUUAUUCACUGUUCCUAACUAUGGAUGAACCUCUGUCUAAAGAAAGAGACAAAGUCACCCUUGCCCUCAAAAAAUAUUGUAAUUUAUUUCUGCAGGACGAAACAUUUUUCUGCUGUUUUUCUCCUAAAAUUAAGUAUAACUAAUGCCAAUUGGAAGUACAAAGUACCAGAUUACCAGAAUUGGAAAAUUAAACUGUUUUCACCCAGCCUUUGUGGAGCCCAGGAAGCAACAGUGCAGUGUGGUGACCCCAGAAUGAUCUGCCAUUUCAGCCUGGUUCCACUAGCUUCUUGACAAGGAAAAAACAUUUGCCCACUGAGACCUUCCAGGUGGCUAAGGACCAAUUUGCUCCAAGGGAUCAAUGUACUGAGGAAAUUUGCCUGGAAUGGGAUUUCAGUUGAUAACCUCAGCUCUGGUUGUGACUCUGUGAGGACCCAACUGGAUCCUGCAAGGAGCUCAGCAUCAGUGCUUUCAGAAGUGCCAAAUGCCUGCUCAGGAUCCUCUGAGAAAUGGAGUGAAAUACCAGUUCAUUUCACACAGGCCACAAACCAGCUUUCAAAUCUCAAUGAUUUUCCGUCACUACUGCAUGUUGGCUGUAUUUGAAUCAGUGAACUAGAGGUGAAAGGCUCCAAAAAUGUGAUUACCAGUCCCCUGAGACAUUUAGUUCUUCAGGGAUAGCUUGCUGGAAAUACUUAUUUGUAUUUCAGAGACUAGGGUAGAGGGAAAUAAAUUAACUACACAUAAAUAUUUUUAUUUUGUUUUAAAAUGCUUUUACAGAUUUUUUUUUUUUGUUUGGUUUGUUUGUUUCUCUUUUUUUUAUUUUGUAGAGAGACUGUAAAUGCCAGAUAUUUGAUUCUGGAAUACAUGUAUAAUCUGUGAGCAAACACCCUCAUAGAUUUGUAUUUCUUUACCAAAUAAUGCUGUAUUUUUUGAUCUGACAAUAGAAAAUUAUUUAACCAUACACUACCAUACCUGGAUAAAUUGAAACAUUCUAAUACUAAUGUUUGGAGGUUUGGGUUCUUCUCCCCAUAUCUGCCACUAAAAGAUCAAAUAAAUACUUAAAUGUAAAAACAAGUGUAGAAUAAAUAGACAUCUGUUAUUUAUCAUGUAUCUUUAUGUAAAAUGGCUUAUUUUGUCUAAUUUAAGCCUAGUACUCUUUUGGGGAAAAAAAUCAGCUUAAAACUAUUGUAACUAUUUUAAGGAAAGCCACCAACCCUGAAAAUGAAUAUUAAAUUAAUAAUCCAUCUGUUCAAAGGUCUCUUGUCUUUUCUACAGAUGUCUUCUUCCUCUUAGUUUAUCCAGGACAGGUACUUCAGGAAUUUCAAACUGAGAAAGUGUGUUAGAGCUGAAACUGCAGGAAAGUCUGUUUUCCCAUUCCAGUGUUAGAACAGAGGUGAGAGGCAGGGAUCCAUAAGGUCUAAGCUUUGAAGGUCACAAUGACAUAAAACAUAUGCUUCCUUCAAAAUUAUUUUUCUCUUUGAGGCAAUGAGAAUGGGCUUUUUAAAAUAUGGAAGGGGGGGGAGGGGCAAUUUGUAUUUUUCAAGAGCCUUUAUUUUUAAAAUUAAGCAACAUUAACUCCCUGUAUAUUCAAAGACUCUUCAAAUGAGUCACCACAUCUUGUGGAGUCAGGUACCAACAGCAGUACCAAGAGCAGAUUACUAACCAAGGACAGAUGGACGCAGGUGGCAAGGAGAUCAUGCCAGACACCACGGGGUGAAUCAGGCUCACAAAGCAACAAAACCAGUUUUCUCUGUUUAUCAGCAUGACACUUCAAAUUUUGAAUCUCUCCUUUUGAAAUAAAAGGCUCAAAUUUAGAAGCCCUUAAAAAAUGGUUUAUUCACCAAAACAUUUUGGAUAGAAUAAAAGGUAUUGUAUGUGUAUUGCAAUACACAUACCAGCAUAUCAGAAACUAUUUAAAUAUUUCUUUUUAAAAUCUUUUUUUUCCCUUUCAAACUAAACCCAGCAAAGUUAUUUCAAUUUUGGGAAGCAAAAUGAGUGGAACUCAUAUUCUGACAAAAUAGGAUUUCAGUAAAUUUUCUUCCAUGGCUUAAACUAGAAAAGAAACAUCUUCCUUAAAAUUAAGGUUGUGGUGAAUGAAGGCAUCAAUCCUAAAAUUAUUUGUGAGGAUGCAGAGCACAGAGAGUGUGUAUUCCAAUAAAUUAACUGAUUGUGUAUAUCAAGUUACUUAUGUGGUAAGUACUUUGAAUUUUUCAGAAUUUAGCCCUUGUUGUUUGGCAAAGCAUUAAAAAUCUCGUCUAAGAAGAAGAGGGCAGAACUUCUGGUAGAAAUUGAUCUGGAAUUCUCCAUUAAGAUUAUUUUUCAAUGGAAAUAGUUCAUGCUUUGAAAUUAGAAUUGGCAUUAGUGUGGGUCAGUAAUAGAAGACCACUAAUUUAUCUUGAAAAACAGAAAAACAUAAAGUUUUGCAAUUUAGAAUUUGGAAUGGUAAAUAUUUUACAGCCACUACUGCUGAGUACUGCAUUUAAAUGGAAUAAGAGGACACCAAACUACACUUCAAGCAAUUAAAUUAUUGUCUGUAUGUUAUGUUUGGAAUAAAAUUUAUCAGCCAAGGCUAUCAAACUAGGCUAUACUGAUUUUAUGAUUUAAGCUGACAAUAGAAGAUUUUCACAAACUAGCUGCUUAAGACUGUUGUUCAGCAGUUCUAAAUACCCAUAGUUUAAAGGCCAAUGUUUAAGCAUAAUGAAGUAAGAUUGCUCUGACACAAAUGCUAAUUAGUUUCUUGCAACUAUCAGACUUAAAAAAGAGUUUUCAAGCGACCUCAUUUAGAUGAAUGGAAAAAGAAAAUGCAGUAGUAUCCAACAAAUGGCUUUUAGGAACAAGCUUGCUAAUUCUAUAACUUACAAUAAUUAGAGACUUUCCAGUGAGAAUGUUUGCCACAAACAACAUUCACCUCAACCAGCUACACUGAGACAGCUGAUGUCCUACAUUCAGUAUUAGGACUGGUAUUAGAGUUGGAAGGUAGGAGCUGAGGGAAGGGAUUGAGCUUCACUGCUUGGAUGGUCUCCAUGGCUUCCCUACAGAUGCUUACCAGCCACCCUUUCCGGGCAGCAUGCCUGGCGAGCAAAGGAACGACCAGCUGCCUCCCCAGCAGAGCUUCCUGGGGAACACAGACAAAAUUCCCAAUUAUUUGACCUCACUGAGCCUCAGUACUAUGUACAUAGCUUCCUGACCUGCUGGACCUCCAGCACAGGCCUGCAUGUCCACCUGCCACAAGCUGACAGUAUUUGAGAUGCAAACUAAAGAAUAUUUAGGGAGAAAGCUAUGAGAAAUUUUAAAAUGACAUUUAAAAUAUUUUGGCAGUUAAAAUGCAUAUAGCUAGAAGUAUGUUUCCUUAAGGCCCCAUUGAGAUGAAAAGUCUUCUAUCCACAGACAUCCUAGAGAGGGCAAGCACAAAUAGAUGAGAGCAUCUGUAUUUUUAAAGCAAUCAUAACCCAAAAAAAAAAAAUCAACAACAAUUAAGUCUGGUUUAUAGAGCUUUCCAGACAAUUCCAGGCAUUUAAGCCUUGCAUGGCAAGUGGUACCAAUGUUCAAUGGGAAGGAACUCCAAGCUGCUUGCACUGGAGUGAAACACUGCUAUGAAACUCAAGGCUGAGAAUUUUUAUACAGUCGAUAAAAUCCAGCAUGAGCUUGAAAAUAACUUAAUUUGAUUCAAUCAAUGAAAUAAAUAGGAAGAUGGCUGCUAUGUGUGUGCACAUGCAAACUACAGUACGAAUGAAUCAAUUCAAUAAAAGGACAGAAGUAGAGUCUGUUACGUUAUCAAUGAAGCACUCGGCCAUUUGAAAACAUGAUUUCAUUUAUGGAAAUUUUAAAGUUUAACCAGUUCUCCAAAAGAACAAAACCAUAGUUUGAAUGUUUAAGAAGUGGAUCUUUUUUUUUUUCAGUCAGUAAUUCUGCUUUAAGUCAACUUAGUGGUAGAUAAAUGUAAAGAUUUAUUAUGAUAAAACCAAAUAAAUUUGUUACUUCUUUCUUAUGGAAAAAUACACUGCAGUAGAAAGGUAUUUCAGAAGAGAAACCUUGCAAAUAUACCUCUUUCAAAACAACAUUUUCUUGAAAUUUGCGCAGUUCCAAGAUUUUUUUUUUUGGUGUAAAAAUACCAAGCUGUCUUUCAUUCUUCCUAGAUAAAUUUCAUGCAGCUGUAGAUCUACCAGUAUUAUAUCAUGUCCUACUAGAAAUUACUGGAAAACCUGCAGCUUUCUGUGUUAAGAUAUUUGCCCAUUCUGCAAUCUGUCACAUGAAGCUGCUGUAUUCUAGGAUGCAUCACAGAUGGAAGAUUUUGUCUCCACAGCCACAAUGUUCUGAGCAAAUUAUGACAUCGACAUCUAAAGGAAUUUUCCGGCCAUUUUUUAUUAUCUUCAUUAUCCUUGGUUGCUUCAUGGCAUUUAUAUUAAUUUAUAUCAAACCAACAAAUAGCUGGAUUUCUGGUCCUAUAGAAUCAGCCAGUUCAGUGUUGAAAAUGAAGAACUUCUUUUCUUCCAAAACUGAUAAUCUCAAUGAAACUACUGUUUUGAUCUGGGUUUGGCCAUUUGGUCAGACAUUCGAUCUAACAUCCUGCCAAACGAUGUUCAACAUCCCCGGGUGCCAUCUGACUAUUGACCGCUCGCUCUAUAACAGAUCCCACGCUGUCCUCAUCCAUCACAGAGACAUUAGCUGGGAUCUGGCUAAUUUACCUCAGCAAGCCAGGCCACCAUUCCAGAAGUGGAUUUGGAUGAACUUGGAGUCUCCAACUCAUACUCCACAAAAGAGUGGCAUCGAACACCUUUUUAACCUGACCCUGACUUACCGGCGUGAUUCAGAUAUCCAGGUGCCUUACGGCUUCAUGAUGGUUGGCACCAGUUCCUUCACAUUUGAAGUACCAAGUAAGGAAAACUUGGUCUGUUGGGUUGUGAGUAACUGGAACCCUGAGCACGCUCGAGUCAAGUAUUACAACGAGCUUAGCAAAUACAUUGAAAUCCACACCUACGGACAAGCCUUCGGAGACUACGUCAAUGACAAAAACUUGAUUCCAACUAUCUCCACGUGCAAAUUCUACCUUUCCUUUGAAAAUUCAAUCCACAAAGAUUACAUUACUGAGAAACUCUACAAUGCUCUUCUGGCUGGAUCAGUACCAGUUGUACUGGGCCCUUCCAGAGAAAAUUAUGAGAAUUACAUUCCAGCAGACUCUUUCAUACAUGUGGAAGAUUUUCUCUCCCCCAGAGAGCUGGCAGAAUAUCUUCUGAUGCUUGACAAAAAUAACAAGAUGUAUCUUAGUUAUUUCAACUGGAAGAAGGAUUUUUCAGUGCAUCUUCCUAGGUUCUGGGAAUCACAUGCAUGUCUUGCUUGUGAUCACGUGAAAAGACACCAGGAAUACAAGUCCAUUGGAAAUUUAGAAAAAUGGUUUUGGAAUUAAUUUGUGGGGUGUAUGUGUGGGUGUGUGUGUGCAUUUUUUUGAAGAAGCCAGAAAGGACUUCAGUCCAAGUGGAGAGGAAAGGAAAAGAGAAAAAAAAGGAAGGAAAAGAGAAUCUCAAGUCAUGGUUUACCAGUUAUUCUCUUUUGGCUAUCCUAUUUAUAUUUUGUAAGAGAAUUUAAAAGAUCAGCAGCAGCAGUCAUCAGUACUCAGUUUCAAAUUAUAAUAGAUAUACUAAUUAUGUGCACUGAAGAGUAUUUGAUUGCUUAUUAUAAAUUUAAAACAAGAUUUUCCACAUUUUCUUUGAAACAUGUCCCAGUCUUACACUUGAAGUAGUCAUUUUUAACUUUUUUUUUUUUUAACAUUAUCUUUGUUGUUUAACCUAUUUGGAAAAUGAGGAAACAAUUUUUAAGUGUCAGAGAAAAUUUUAAGAACAUAAUUUGUUGUUCCAGACAGAAAUGUGUGUAACACUUCAAAAGACAGUAAAGUUUCAUAUGUUCAUCUUGCAUUUAAGAGCACAGUAGUGUACAAUACCUAACAUUAUGGAAGUGGUAUUAAUUGCCCCCUUUUUAAGGGUAGUGAGCCUAGAACUAUAGUUUUUAAAAUGUAUUACAAUAGUGGGUAGUCUUUGUUUCUAAAAAGGUUUCCUAACAAAUGGUCCCAUUAUGUUGCUUUAGGAGUAUAUCUCUUCUUACCCUCUGAAGAAAAGAGAAGUCAGAUUUAGAGAAAAUGACCAAUCCUGGUGACCAAAGCCCAGAUUCAUCCAAUUUUUGAGUGUAUUCAAAUGCAGCACACCCUUGGCCUUCAAUAUGUCUCAAGUAUUUUUAACCUGAUCCAAGGCUUUAAGUGGUGUUACACUGAGAUAAACAGAUUUUUAAAAAGGUAUUUGAUUACAUCAGCCUUAUGCACUGAAUUCAGCUAGUAAUAAUAGAUUUUUAGAAGCAGUUUGCUGAGAAAUUUUAGAAAGCUCUCUCAUAUAAUUUCUUGAAUAAUAUUGAAUUUUCCCCCAAUUCUGUAAAGAUCUGUUGAAUUUUAAAUGUACAUGGAAAACUUAAUGUUAUGACACCUAAGUGCGGGGAAAAGUUACUAAGCAGUCAAUUUUCUGAGAGAAAUAUGCUGAAAUUCAGUAAAUAAGCUAUCAGGCUGCUAUAUAAACUUUCAACUUACCAAGCUAAUGAAUUUGGGGGCUUGAAAAUACUGUGUAUGAGAGGUAUUAAAAAUGAACUCUUCAGAGAAACAACUGCUAUCAAUAUUUGAUAAUAUAAGUAGGUUUUUAAGUAUCAAAUUUGCUCUAAUAGCAAAUACAAAAUUCUGAUGAUUGUCAUAACUCUUUAGGGUGUCUGCUUCAAACAUGUAUCAUUUGAUUUUACUAUUUCUUUCGAUCAUCUAAGACAAAUUUCUGAUUGGCAUAUAUAUUCAUAUGUUCAAGGUUGGUUUAAUGACAUAAAUGUAUGGGUAUGCCUUGGUAUCAAAUGAAAGCAAAUCAGCUUGGAUUUUCAGGUCAAAGUGCUGCAAAUCACACCUGCUACUGGAAAAAAAAAAAGAAAAAAAUUAAACUGGAAAGACUUCUGCUUAUGAGAUGUAUAAGACCCUGAUCAAGCAAAGUAGUCAAUCAAGUAACUGAGAUUAAAUUUGCAGACAAAAAAGUUGCUGCAGUAAGGAAAUGAGAGGUAAAUUAUAAAUAUUUAGCAAAAGACAGUGGGGCUUAUUACAGGCUGGAAUAGAAACACAAAAGGUUAUAAGAGUAAUUAGUUAAAUUUAUAGAACUCAAAAGUCCACGGAAAAGUUAUAGAAUUGCUACUGCUCUGCCUAUAGUUUCAAAAGCUGUAUUCUGAUCCAGCUGGCUUUCAAUAUACUGUGAAUCACCUAAACUCACCAGCAUUCUAGUAUGCAGCAAGAUAAGCUUACCUUGAAAAUUAAUGCAAUACAAGGAAACUGAGUCUUCUAAAAACAAACUUCUGACAUGCAUGUAAUAUGAAUAGUAUUUUAUCAUUUUGAAGGUAAGUGGCUAUAGCUUAUAGUCUGUCCUACAGGAUAUCAUAACAUUUUGUUUUCAGAAGGACUGUGAAAUUCCCAGUGACUGAACAUACCCUUGGUUUGGCUCACUAACCUGAUUCCCUCAGUGCUGGAAUUUGGAAGUCUUUUGCAUUGACCUCAAUGGAAGGUGAAUGUGUACAACCAUUCCUCACUUCAGAUUGUGAGAGCUGUUCUGUGUGUUAGAAGGCCUUAGGUGGAUUCAGACUGGUUCCUUGGCAGCAAGUUCAGCUAAGUCCUUAUAGUAAUAACAGACAAGUAUGUAUAAGAUAUGUGAAGUGUUACUACAAAUAUUGGUCAGUGUAUACACAGGAAAGUUUUGAAAUAUACACUGAAUUUUAAUCCUGGAAGUAAUAUGUAAACCUCUGUAAGCACAGUCAGCAUGGUUAAUCUUAGGCUGAAUUCUAAGAAAUGUGAAAGUCUUUUGAUGGAACCGGAAAGAGUGAAGAGUGUUGGUCUCUUCACAAGAAGAGAAACUCCGCAGAAGGCUUGUGUGCAUUUCAUUUAGGAAAUGUUGCUAAAACUGCUUCAAAGAUAAAUAAAACAGGAGAGAAAUCUAAUCCAGAAUUAUGCAUAAGAAUCAUUACCAAAUCCUAAAAAAUAUAGAUGACCCUAGUUCCUUGCUGGCAUUCUUGAAGAGUAAGUGUUGGAACAAAAUUGAGCCAAUUUUUAAUGAAGAUUUUAAGGUGAUCUGCAAGUAUCAGACCUUAAGCAGUUCUGGAUAUAAAUAUCUUUAUUGACAGAAGAUGAAGCAUUUUUGGGCAUGUUCAGCCUAUAUCGUAGAUGAUAUGAAGCAAUGGAUACAAAACAUCUGUGCUCCAUGCACGCAUAAAGGCUGCCUACCUAGACCUAGACACUUAACUCACUUAAGGCUGCUUCCAGACUGUAUCUGAUAUUCAGCUUUGUGAGGUCUGUGCUUCUUUUGUGAUCUACUCUACAUGGGCAGCAAGCAUAAACAGGCUCAAAUAACAAGUCAUGGUGAACGAAAAUGAGCAAACUUAAGCAACUGUAGAAGGGACUAGACAAAAUAGGUAUUGUGCUUUGGUACCACUGGCAAAAGAAGACAAUUAUCCCAGAAAAGUGAACUUGAAGUUGGGAAAUCACACCAGUUCUCAUGAAAUUUCUUUCAGACAUUCAUUUUCUUUUGUUUGCUAGCCCACGACAAUCUUGAGUUGCACUCGUCCCAAGUUAACUAAGCAGUCAGUGAAGACAGAAAGUAAUCACCACUCUUUGUUUUACAGCGGCUUACUUUAGUGGAUGAUUUUAGGCUCUCCGUCGUGCACUGAGCAAUCAACAUUACUGCUUUUGUCAAUGUGGAAAAUAAGACCCAAAUCAGAUAAAAUGCUAAUUGCACAUGCAUUGCUACCCCACUGAAUGUGGUCAGGUAUAAGACAAAACUGGCAGCAGAUCCUUCUAAAGAAGUUUUCCUUUCAUUUCAUAGACAAUGUCCACAGCAGAUCUUGCUUAGUAUGAGAUCCCCAUUCCUUAGUGAAUUCUGUUGCUAAUUUCUUUGAAUGCCUCAUUCCAUAUGUCUGUACCACAGUGAGCAAGCAGCCUGAGUGAGGCUCACUGAAAGUGUGAGACAUUCAGCAACAAAUUUGUCUUUUAAGAAACAGAUCAAAUACAAUGAAAGUUGGACUGAGAGAGCAUCAAUGUGGGGCUUUGUAGAGUUCAUGCAGGCUGAGCAAGAUGUGGGAAAUGGACACUACUGAACACAAUAAAGAACUACUUGCCCUCUCUGGACACUCAUGUUUUUUUCUCAAAAAGGUUUAAAAAAACCACAUAAUUUUCUCCCAUCUCUAAACAAGCAGUUAAGUAACCAAUAACUGCUCCUUUUUAUUCAAGAAUGGGACUCCUGUUAGCCUUGUAUUAUCUUUUUUAUUAGAUGCAGAACAAUUCAAGAGAACAGAGAAGUAUGUCAGUAAGAUAAUUCUAUUUCUUACCCAGAUUCAAAGAUCAUUAUUCUUAUUUUCUUAUUUGAUUUAUAAGUCCUCAUGCAACAACACAUUCUGGACACGAUACAAAAAGAUCUUAAGAAUAUGCAGAUGACCACGAGACUUAGGCAUGUGCUUAAUUUUAAGAGCAUCUUAAAUGCUUUAAUGCACUGGGGCUCCAGAGAAUAUGUUUUCAUUGCCUUUAGGAAUUGUAGCAAAGAGUGCAAUCUAUAGACAUCAGAGACCAGCUUGUGUGGCCUCUUUUUCAUCCUGCCCAUAGAGAUUAAAGGCUGGCUGAGUACUAAGUAAAUAGUCCACACUGAAAACCUUGGAUUCAUUCUGAUUUGGUUUCUAACCAAUAAAUCUUGGUCCAACUUUUCUGCUCCUCCAUCACCUCAGGCCAUCCCCUGAGCACAGCACCUCAGCUUACAGCCUGCCCAUGCUAUGCAGGGUCACUGAACUUCCAUGUGACAUGAAGAAGCCAGAGGAUGAGGAUGCUGAGAUAGUAUUUUGAGGCUUGUCUGAGGAUGAAAGCCUAAAACUUGGUCAUGUCCUAAAAUCUGGACUCACUGUGCCCUACAGAGAGUCAGUCUCAGCCAUACCUGAUUUUCCUCUGAGGAAAGUAUUUGGUUCACUCUAGGUGAGACUGUGAGUAAUCACUGUGUGUGCAAAGUGGGAACAAGAGGCAUCUCUGUGUAGGCUGACCAGGAAGCUUCUGACCUACUUAAACCUAACAGUGAAAAUUUAACAAAUACUCAAGUGUUUCCUUGGUCAAAACUACUAUGUUAUUGAGAACAGAAUCCAGGGGAAGUAUUUGUAUACCUACCUACCAGCUGGUGGGAUUUUUCUUUAAUUUUGGCUGACAGUUCUGUUUUAGCUUUUUUGUUUGUUUUUAAUAAAAGUGCUUUGAAAAUGUUACAAAUUAAUCAAUAUGAUACAUACAAGAUAAUUCUUUCACCUUUAUCUUUUGCUUCUUGCUUGGGCAAAUCUUCUACAAGACUUAGCAGGUGAUUUGGGAGAUUCCUAAGCUAGUAACAAAUGAUAGAGCUAAGGGUGAAAUAGCUUGAGUGGAAAAACCCUGUCUUAUUCAUGGAUAUUUCCCUUCUAAUAUUUGAAUAUCUAGUUAGUGCUAUGGCCAAGUCUACAUUCAGAGAAUCAAUGUAAAAAGCAUACUGUGUUAGAUAUGCUCAUAAAAGGCACAGAAAUACCAAUAAAUUGGUUAAAUAAACCAUGCAGUGGCAAUUUUAAUUUAUGGCACUAUUGCUACAGGGUGAUACAGAUGAUAAAACCAUCAAUUGUGAGAAAUAACUUGGCCUAGAGACAUCAUCCAGCAGCGUUCGUACUGGAGGAAGUCACUUCAUUACUCCAUUGCAAAUGUAAUUAAUUGGCAAUCUUUUGUGUCACCAUAUUCUCUACACAAGUGACUGAAAGCAACAGUCUCUGUGCAGUGAAUAGCUCAGAGGUUUGCUCACGUGGCAGAGAGCCUCUCACCCCCAGGUUAACAGCCUGAAUUAUGAGUUGGUAGGUACAGGUCACUGUUUGGCAACCUCUAGCAGGUGGUUCUGUGGUCACAGGUUUUGCGUUGCUGCUUUCAGCCAAGGAAGGCAAAGAACAGAGCUGAGACUCAUCUGACACCCUCUGUGCCUUUCAUGGCACACUCACAGGGGGGCUUAAGGCACUCUCACUCCUGUAGCCUCUACCCUGCCUGUUCAUGAGAAUGCAGAAGACUUUUGCUGUUCCAAGUAAUAAGAGAAUUUGCUUUUUCUUUGAGAUGUGGUGCCAGUCUGUAUGAAUGAAUUAUUGAUACUUGGGGGAACUCCUCAUUAACAUUCUUAAGUAAUUAAUUAGCAGGAAAAUAAUUUAAUCAUUGCAAAUUGGCAGCAAAAGCAGCUGUUUGUUAUUCUUUAUUAUGAAGUUGUCCAGUGGAGAAGAGGAUUUGAUGAAACUUUUUCCCCGUGGCUUGAUAUAGCCUGGUUGGAUCCAGAUAUAGAAACAUGUUUGAUAGCGAAAUUUGAAAGAUAUAUGGUAAACCAACACGUAUAUCUAAAGUCGGGACAAAUUUCCUAUAGAACCUUGAAACUAUAAAUAAGCACUUUAGCAGUCACCAGACAUAAAAUGUUCCCAUCAAUCCAUUUCUUUAAAACAUCAUAAGAAAAGAAAGAAAAGAAAAAAAAACCUGCCCGAUAUAUGCUGUUUGGCAAAUAAAUUAAUUACAAAACCUACUUUUUCUUUGCUGCUUUGUAACACACAUUAGAGCUGAGAUUAAAAAGUUUGGAAAGUUAACUCCCUUGGUGUAAUUUAAUGUUAUAAAGAAUCCGUGGACACACUGAAAAGAAGUGAGAAGCUUUUCCAUCUAUACAAAAUCCUAAUGUGCCAAACUGUUUCCAGUGAAUGAACAACACAGUUAAGUAUACUGACUUUUUAUUAGGAUUUACAAAAUGUUCUAUUAACGCACUGUAAUUUUGCACUAUUUUGUAAGAAAAUUUUAAAAAAAGGAAAAAAUAAAAAAGGAACUGAAAAAGAAACAGAAAAAAUCUAAAAAUAGAUGCCAAAUGUAUAGUUUGUAAAAUAUUAUUUUUCUGAUAUAAGGUGUCAUUACAUUGUGAAUCUGUGUUAUUGUAAACUGUGAAAAAUGUGAUGUUCUGCUGUGACACAGCCUAUGAAGGGCCAUUUCUAACACAGAUAAUUCACCUGGACUUGUUUAUAUAAAACAUAUUCAUAAAUCUGAGAUCACUUUUAUACUUAUUUUUUGUAGACUAUUUUUCCACAUUUGCAACACAACUGUUAUUUUAUAUCAAACAUUACUUUUGCUUUAAAAUAUUAUUUGAAUAGGUGGGUGAGUGUCUUAAAUGUGCCAGAGAUUCAAAUCUGUAACAGAGAUAAUUCAGAAACUAUUCUUUGCCAAACUGUAAUGCUACUAAAAUCAAUGAUGUUUUGUUGAAAAAUAGGCACACCGUCAAUAAACAUAAGUUUCUAGUCCAAUAAUGAUGACAAUGUCACAUUUUCUAGGAUAAACGCCUGGUAGUUACGAGCUGCAUUUCCUUGCUGUCUUUGUGUAUGUUGAGGAAACAAAACUGUGUGCCAUAGCUGAACGUCAUAGAUAUUCAGUCAUUUAAAUAAUGUGCCACGGAUUUUACCUCUGAGGUACAUUAAUGAGGAUUAAGAGGAAAAAACAAGCUGUUUGUCCCGAUUCAAACUCAGUCUCUGUGAUGGGUCACAUGAGAAUGGGGUGAUUGUCAAGGCAGGAGUGGGACAACCUCAGCAGGGAGAGUAAGUUCUGUGCAUAGAAACAUGUGGGGACUACAUUUAUUGUGUUAGUGCAAGAUCAGAACCAAAGUCCCUUUCUUUUGCAUUUGAACUUACACACAUAACAUUGAGUGAGGUUUGAUAGGAACUCUUUCUUCGUGUUCCCAGCUAAUGUUGUUCCUUGUACUGACAACUUUUAUGUGUUUCACAUAAUAUAUAUAUAAUGCAUAAAUCCGUGUGUAAGAAAGAGUAACCACAGCAAACUGAGUUUUAAUAAAAAUAAUAGAAACCAUUCUUACCUGCAGGCACAUUCUAAGAUGCCAUGUUGAAAGAUCUUGUAAAAAGUGUAUUUUUUAUCUAUUAGUGAUUGUAUAUUUUGCCCCAUGAUCUAGACAUUUUAUAUCAGGGAGUCUACCAAAAACCAUUUUUUUCUUCCCUUUGAGCACCACCAUCACCCUGAGAUGCAUCUGGAAACUGUAGAGGUCAACCACUGAUGUUUUGUGGUAUUUUUUUAGUAUGACGUUGUUGUUGAACUUUCUUCUGAUUACCUAUAGCUAUGUUCAGAGUUUUCAACAUAAUUUAACUGCAGACUGAAGAUACCUACUGAAUGAAACUACAGGUAACCAUAAUUAUUUCAAAGACUUUCACCACUUAUGUGAAAUUAAUAUUUCAGAACACUGAUUCCAAGAUGGUUAAUGAGCAGCUCAUUGACUCUUAUUUAUUGAGCACUGGAAUACUCCCUAAAGGAUAAACACUGAAUCAUGUAAAUAAUAGUGCUCUAUAUAAGCCUAACAAAAUAUUGUAAUAGGUAUAUUUAAAAUAAAAAGAGAACAUUCCAAGUGUA